UAGCUGCCGCCCCCUCGCGCCGUCACGGGCGGAGCAACCGAAGCAUCCGGAACACGCCGAGCGCGACCGUCGGAUCCGUACUCCAGCGUGCGCACGCUGAUCGGAGCCGUCGACGGGAGAUCCGACAGAGGUCCACGGCGGUGCCUGCCGCCUCGUGGCGUUACAGCUAAAACCGAAAGCUGUACAGCACGCUGCUUUCUUCUCCCCAAUCCGCAUCCCAGCUCCCCGUGACCGUUCCAUCUCCACGCUCCUCUUCCUCGCCUUCGUCGCCUCGGCCGUCUACUGGAUCACAAACAUCCAAGAUGGCAACUACUUUCACAACACCAGUUCUUUGCAACUUCAAGACCAACACGCGUCUGCAGCUGCCUACCCUGAACCAGAGCACGAGGCAACCACUGCAUUUGCGCCUGAGCCCUGCGAGGAUCACGCCUACAUUCCCAGGCUCCGGGGCUUCGUCGAGGGACUUCCGCGCCAUGGCCGUGUACAAGGUGAAGUUGAUCGGUCCGGACGGGAAGGAGAGCGUGAUCAACGUGUCAGAGGACAACUACAUCCUGGACGCGGCCGAGGAGGCCGGCCUGGACCUGCCCUACUCGUGCCGCGCCGGCGCAUGCUCCACCUGCGCCGGCAAGGUCCUGGAGGGCGGCGUGGACCAGUCGGACCAGUCGUUCCUCGACGAGGAGCAGGUCGGCGCCGGCUACGCUCUCACCUGCGUCGCCUACCCGACCUCCGACUGCGUCAUCCAGACGCACAAGGAGUCCGACCUGUACUAGCUAGCUAGCCAAUGAUAUUUUCAUCAAAUCUUGACGCUCUGAUAUGAUCUGCAAAUGUAGCUGUCGCUGAAUCUUAGCUCGAUUUUGUUCCCAGUUUUAUCGCUGUCUACUUUUAACC